UGUGCGUAGGCAGUCCUAAGAGCUUGGCUAGAGUGCACGGACAACACGCUCCUGGUGAAGACCAUGAAGCCGAAGUCUCUCUGUGUCCCGCGGCUUGGCCUCUUUGAGGACGUUAGCGGCAGAUACAGGCGGCAGAUCGAUACCGGGGCACCGGAGCAUAAUCUCGAUCAACCGGUGGAGAAAAGGCCCAGAGAUCUGCACCUCACUUUACUGCCGGAGAGAUCACCAUACGAGCCUUUAGUGGAAGACGACAGCUAUCACAAACUAAAGGAGGAAAAGAAAGCAAAAAAGAAGGAAAAGUAUAAAAAAUACAGAAAGAACGUAGGAAAGGCUCUUCGCUACAGUUGGAAAUGUCUGUUGUUGGGUCUGCAGAACUUCACUGUGGGAUAUUCCACUCCUUAUUCAGCUGCUGCCUCAGGUGUCCCAGAUUUCCAUCCAGGAGGAGCCUGGGGUUGAGACAGUCUGUGACCAACAUUUGUACUUCACUCUCACCCUAAAACUUUAUGGACCAUUUAAAAAGCACAUCCAGAUGCUUUUUAAAAACGGACAGUACAUCUGCCCUGGGCAGCUUGACCUGUCAUGCUGUGAACUGUUAAACUGUUGUAAGAAUCUGCCUUUCAGAUUUGUUUUUAAAGUGGUGUUUCUACCUUGCAUUUGACAUUUACAGCUGUAAGAAAGACAUGUAUCUCUUUUACUCUCAGUUCUAUCUGUAUAUAAUUUGCUUUGACUGAAAGAGAACUUUUAUGAAUUUCUGUACUGAAGUAAUGAAAUAUUCUUGUAUCAUAGAACUAGUAGGUUACUGUCAUUAGUGUUGAUUCUGUAAUUUUAUACAUAGGCUGGAUUUUUUUUCUGUCAGUUGCAAGUUAAAUGGUGACCUGAAUUCAUGCUGUGUAGAUGUAAUGUUGACAAAGGUGAAACUGAUUUAACUGGAAGUGAUAGGUAUGCUCAUGCUCUGUAAAGGGAAUUAAAUUCCCGCUGUAAUGAUUGUUUUAUUUGAUUUAGAGAAUGUGCUUGACAUGAAGAAGCUGGAUGUUCUUAGAAAGGGUAAGAGUAAGAGUAAGAGUAAGUGUCUUCAAAAGGUAAUUAGGGCAAGAGCUUUAAAGACAAAGGAUAGGAUUAUGAGAAAGCACAACAGGAAAAGACAGUCUGGCACAGGGUGGAGAAACAUGACUUGUUUAAGAGGAUUAGUAAAGCCGAGUAUCUGUCAUGCUUGUAACACCUGUUUAAAAUGAACUACAAUAAAUGUGACACAACAACAAAACCUUAAACAAAUAAAUUCUGAGUGGGACUGUUUUUGUAAAUUUAUUUAUUAAAUUAAGACAUUUUGUUUGCACAAA